CAGUGCAGACGCAGGCUCUGCGUCUCCCAGGCUCUGCAGGGUUGAGAAGAAGGUAAGGCUGUUGGGUGGUGGGAGGCUCACCGCUUUUCUGGCAGGGACUGGAGAGGGUCCUUAUUUAGAGAAAGGGUCCUGGAAAAGACCAUCAACUACUGCAGCCCUCAGCUGAUUCUCGGCAGUUUUCUCAUACCUGGCAUCACUCAGUGAAAAACUCCAUUCCGUGGCCCUCUCGUGCGCCAGAGUGUUUGCUGAACCAAGGCCUGGCCCUCCUUGCAGCCUCUGAGAACUGGCUGGGGGGCAGAAUGAGCGACACAAGCCUGAGAAAAAGGAGAGAGGAUGAGAAGUCCACCCAGAGCAAGGAGCCCAAGACCACAAGUCUCCAAAAGGAGGUCGGCCUGUUCAGUGGCAUUUGCAUCAUCGUGGGCACCAUCAUCGGCUCUGGGAUCUUCAUCUCCCCCAAGUCUGUGCUCAGCAACACGGCAGCUGUGGGGCCCUGUCUCAUCAUAUGGGCGACCUGCGGGAUUCUCGCAACACUGGGCGCUCUGUGCUUUGCAGAGCUUGGUACGAUGAUCACCAAGUCGGGGGGCGAGUACCCUUACCUGAUGGAGGCCUUCGGCCCCAUUCCUGCUUAUCUCUUUUCCUGGACCAGCCUGUUCGUCAUAAAGCCCACAUCCUUUGCCAUCAUCUGUCUCAGCUUUUCCGAAUACGUUUCUGCACCCUUCUACUCAGGCUGCGAGCCUCCCAAAGUUGUUGUGAAAUGCCUGGCUGCGGCUGCCAUCUUGCUCAUCACCACAGUGAACGCUCUGAGCGUGCGGCUGGGGAGCUACGUCCAGAACGUGUUCACAGCAGCCAAGCUGGUGAUCGUGGCCAUCAUCAUCGUCAGCGGAAUUGUCCUGCUGGCCCAAGGAAAUACAAAGAAUUUUGAAAAUUCUUUUGAAGGCACAAAAGUGUCUGUGGGAGCCAUCAGUCUGGCAUUUUAUAAUGGACUCUGGGCGUACGACGGAUGGAAUCAACUCAAUUACAUCACAGAGGAACUGAGAAACCCUUUCAGAAACCUGCCCUUGGCCAUUGUCAUCGGGAUCCCACUGGUGACGGGGUGCUACAUCCUCAUGAAUGUCUCCUACUUCACCGUGAUGACUGCAACCGAGCUCCUGCAGUCCCAGGCUGUGGCCGUGACGUUUGGUGACCGCGUUCUCUACCCCGCCGCGUGGGUCGUCCCGCUCUUUGUGGCGUUCUCCACCAUCGGCGCCGCCAACGGGACCUGCUUCACGGCGGGCAGACUCGUGUACGUGGCAGGCCGGGAAGGCCACAUGCUGAAAGUGCUCUCGUACAUUAGUGUCAAGCGCCUGACUCCAGCCCCUGCCCUUAUCUUUUAUGGUAUCAUAGCGACUAUUUACAUCAUCCCUGGUGACAUAAACUCAUUAGUCAAUUACUUCAGUUUUGCCGCAUGGAUGUUUUACGGCUUGACGAUUCUAGGACUGAUUGUGAUGAGGUUUACAAGGAAAGAAGCAGAAAGACCGAUCAAGGUGCCCAUUUUCAUCCCCAUCUUGGUGACUCUCGUGUCUGUGUUUUUGGUUCUGGCGCCAAUCAUCAGUGAGCCCGCGUGGGAGUACCUCUACUGUGUGUUAUUUAUACUGAGCGGCCUAAUAUUUUACUUCCUUUUUGUCCACUAUAAGUUCGGAUGGGCCCAGAAAAUCUCAACUUGUCUGAACAAAGAAGUACCACCAUUCCUUCAGGGCCUGUCACCAUGCACCUGCAAAUGCUACUGGAAGUGGUCCCACCAGAGGAAGCUCCGGAGUAGUCGCUCUGUCUCCUGGAACCAAGUCUAAGCUGUGGUGACUUUACUUUUGGCCAUCCAGGCUGAAUGUUGAGGCCCCCCCUGCAAAGCUGGCCAUCUGGAACCAGUCGCAGCCUGUGCGUCCACAGCCGGUACUGUGAUGAGUGGUCAGCAUCAUGGGCUCCCCAACAGCCUUCAUUGGCCUUUUGGCCAAACCAGGAAGUGGGGUGAAUAAAUUUUAUAUUUGGCACUCAGGGAAAAUACUAAAACACGUAAGUAACGUUUCUCUGAAAACACUGAAGUUUUAUUGGUAUACUACAACUUCCACACCAAAAUUGACUAAGUAUGUGAGCAAUUUAGAAAAACAGAGACAAAAGAACCUUUAAGCUGCAUUGUAGAAAUUUACCCAAAACAGGAAAACCUGUACAUACUAAUAGUAGAACCAAACAAAAAAAUUAGUAAUUGUUUGCAUUUCACAAACCAGUGUCCUAUGUCCUAGAAAAUGCUAUUCAGAACUUCGGACAAUAGUAAAUUUAAACAUGAGAAAAAAAUUGAGACUUAAACAAAUAGUCCUCCUCCCCCGAUGUUUUCAUUUAGCUGUCUGUGAACUACACAAGAUAAUUAGCAUUACAUCGUCUCUGGGAGCAGGACCCCACCAUUUCUACGUGGGCAACACGUAUUCAUGCAACUCUACUACUUGCUGUUGUUAUUUGCUAUGUUUCACAAAAGAGACUGAAUACAACCGAGCACACGCUGCAGAUGGCCCACAGUCACGGGGGAGGCCAGCGCAGCCCAGGGGCCUGGCCACCACCCCAGAGCCCUCCCUGGCCGAGCAAAUGUUGCUUCUACAGAAACUGACACACCUGAGGACAUUAGGAGUCAAACCUUUGCUGGCAAAGACACCAGGACUUCAUGCUUCCCAAAGAGCCCGUCCAAGCUAGCCACAAAAAAGGAGAAUCAAGGAAGGGAAAAAAAGGAAAAAAAAAAAUCACACAAAUUCGUGUGCCAAUUUGACACCUGCCAGUCAACCCGCAGGAGUUGCGGCAGCAGCUCCUGGACGCGCUCCAGCCGCUGUGCAGGCUGCUCCAGCAGAGGGCAGUGGUCGGCCCCAGUCAGGAGCCCACGGCCCACCCGGGAGCAUUCUGGGCACCCCCAGGGUGAGGCGAGGCUGCACAGUGAGCAGAAUGUCUUAUUUUACAGAUGAGGAAACUGAGAGCCAGAGUGGGAUGCAGGCCUGCUCACAGGAUGGCUUGGUGAUAGAGCCGUAGGGCUUAUGCCAGGGAUGUACAAAAACUUGGGCAUCUGUGCUUUCUGACGUAUGAAAAGAAUGCAGAUCUUGGGGGCAGUCUCAACAGUCCCAUUCUAUCCAUGUUCUGCACUUUCAGGCAAAGCUGCCCAACUCCCAUCGAGGAAGUGAACAGGAUUUAGAUUUCUCAACAGCUCAGCUUUCUAAAUUGUUCAAUUAACAUGACAAGUCAGGCUCUGGGCAUUCCCGCAUUUAAGUGGUAAUGAUGAUACCCAUUUCUCCUGAAAACCGGUGACCCUGGGCAUCACUGCUUCCCCCUAGGAUGGCGUCGGGGGUGUCUUUAGGAUUCCCCACAUGCAGGCGCUCUGAGGUCCUUUCAGGUCCCACCGGAGAGAAACCGUCGUCUCCUGUGCCUGGAACUCCGCCGGCUCAGGGUGCGCCCCACAAAUAGCAGCUCUCCCUCCCAAAGCCCUGGCUUUGGUCGGUGCAACCCCAUUUUCAUCCCUGGACUACCUCUUCAUAAGAAGUAAACUUACCCUGAGUAGCUACCAAGAUCUUAAGAAUCCCAGAAGUGUUCAUGCACAGUCAGUUAUAUCGAAUCCCAACUAACUCCUGGUUGAAAAGGCCUGUUAGGCAGUGCUGAGUAUAAUUGUGGAAGCCAGAAACCUCGCUUUCUAUGC